UGGUACAGGCGAAGCCGAUCAGACGCCGCAUAGAAGACGACACCACCGCCGCCGCCUGCUCUGCUUUGCUUCGUCUGCCCUAAGCCCACGGAACCGCCGCCCAUCACCGCCGCCGUCAUGGCCGAGGACACUGAGACGAGGCCCGCGUCAGCGGGCAGGGAGGAGAGGGAGGAGGGGGAGAUCGCGGACGACGAGGACUCCUCGGCCCCGCGCGGCGGGGCGCUGACCCAUCCGCUGGAGCACGCCUGGACCUUCUGGUUCGAUAAUCCGCAGGGAAAGUCGAGGCAGCAGGCCUGGGGGAGCACCAUCCACCCCAUCCACACCUUCUCCACCGUAGAGGACUUCUGGAGCCUUUAUAACAACAUCCAUCACCCUAGCAAAUUGGGUGUGGGAGCCGACCUUCAUUGCUUCAAGAAUAAGAUUGAGCCGAAAUGGGAAGACCCCAUUUGUGCCAAUGGCGGUAAAUGGACCAUCAGUUGUGGCAGAGGGAAAUCUGACACAUUGUGGUUGCAUACUUUGUUGGCGAUUAUUGGUGAGCAAUUUGACUUUGGUGAUGAAAUUUGUGGAGUCGUUGUUAGCGUGCGUGGGAAGCAGGAAAGAGUGGCUAUCUGGACUAAAAAUGCUACCAAUGAAGCUGCUCAGAUAAGCAUUGGUAAGCAGUGGAAGGAGUUCCUGGAAUACAAGGACUCCAUCGGGUUCAUCGUUCACGAGGAUGCAAAGAAGGCGGAUAAAGCCCCCAAGAACCGCUACACGGCCUGAUCCCGCCACCGGCGUUGCCCUGUAUAUCCUAGGAGCGCACAACAGGCCUACUGUUGGACGCAGGAUCGUUUUUCUUGGAUAUCUGGAUUGUAGUGGUUGUUCCUGGAGGUUUUGUUACCGUACGUUGCUGUGAAUUGCUUGAAAGACAUAAUCUAACAUGUUGCCUUUGCCGUUACUGUACUCCAUAAGUUUGUAUGAGAAGCAAAAAACUCGUUUUGGCUCCCA